CACAUCGAGCUGUUGAAUUUCCAUCGGACGGAGACGAUUCCAUCACGUUGCGAAGGGAAGAAAAAGCGCCGAUAAAUGAGAUUGUUAUAAUCCUACGCCGAGAAGGGGAAAAAGGGCCUCGCUCCUCUCCUUCGCGAGCUCGACAGGACUUCGCCUCUUCCGGGCUUCGCCUUCUUCAAGAGGAAUUUUCCGGCAUGAUGAGCGGAUGGAGCUAUGAUGAUUCGUUCUCUGAUCAAAACAUUUUUCGGGCUAUUGGAUUGCGAGAACCGCAGCCUUAUCUAGGUUUUAGUAACAGUGGGGAAUUGCCCCAAAUGUCCUCUGACACCAACACAAGGGCCAAUCCCACAUCCAGCACCAGCACGAUCACUGAGGGAGAUAGCCCGGAAGAUGGUGAUAUCUUCUGUUCAGACAUGUCCCUUAGCUAUAUUAGCAAAAUUCUCAUGGAGGAAGAUAUUGAUGGAAAGGUCAGCACUUAUAAGGAAGAGUCAGCCCUUAGAGAUGCAGAGAAACCCUUCUAUGACAUCCUUAGCCAGAAGUACCCACCAUCUCCAGAGCGAUCACCGCUUGAAGUUCAGCAAAGCUUGGCGAAUCUCGAUUUUACCGACAAUCAUGAAAAUGGUAACUUAUGUGCUAGCAGUGGUACAAGUAAAGCUAAUGGCUUUGUUGGCAAUAACUUUAUCUCUGACUCCAACAAUGGCCACGAUUUGAGUUCACGGUCUAGUUCCUUUAGUAAUUUGUUUCCAUCUCCAUCAAACUCUUCAAACAGUAUCAGCAGCGAAAAGAAACCUGUUGUUGAUGUUUCCAUGUCUCCCAGUCUGUUCUUCAAAAGCAUGCCAGCGUGGCAUUUCAAGAAAGGAAUUGAAGAAGCGAGCAAGUUCCUUCCUAGUAAUGAUAAAUUGGCAAUCAAUUUAGAUGUUUCAUCAUCACAGCUACUGAGAGUAGAUAGGCCAUUCAUUACAAAGGCAAAGCUGGAGGAUAGAGAAUCUCUCUUAUAUGGAUUUAGAGGUCGUAAAAAUCCAAGCCGAGAUGACCUGGAUUUGGUAGAGGGAAGGAGCAAUAAGCAGUCAGCUGUUUUCUAUGAGGGAGAGGUGAGGUCAGAAAUGUUUGACAUGAUUUUGCUUUGCCAGAGAGGCAAAUGCCAAAAGAACAUAUCCGCCCUAAGGGAAGAAAAGCAGAAUGAAGCUAUCAAAAUCGCACAGAAUUGUUCCUCAAAAGGAUCAAAUGGUGGCAAGACACAAGGAAAGAAACAAACUAAGAAAGAAGUGGUGGAUCUUAGAACUCUUCUUAUACAUUGUGCUCAAGCAGUGGCAGCAGAUGACCGCCAAACUGCUGAUGAACUAUUGAAGCAGAUUAGACAACAUUCUUCCCCGGAUGGAGAUGCAACUCAGAGGCUGGCAUAUUGCUUUGCAGAUGGUCUUGAGGCCCGAUUGGCUGGUACUGGAAGUCAGAUUUAUCAUGCCCUUGUGGCUAAAAGGGCAACUGCCACAGAUAUAUUGAAGGCCUAUCAUCUAUAUCUUGCUGCAUGUCCUUUCAAGAGAAUUUCAUACUUUUUUGCUAAUCAGACAAUCCUUAAUGUGGCAGAUAAGGCAUCCAAAGUGCACAUCAUAGACUUUGGUAUUUAUUUUGGAUUUCAAUGGCCAUGCCUUAUCCAGCGUCUCUCAACUAGGGAUGGAGGCCCUCCAAGUCUGCGGAUAACUGGUAUUGAUGUACCGCAACCAGGUUUCCGUCCCACAGAGAGAAUAGAAGAGACAGGGUGUAGGUUAGCAGAUUAUGCCAAGAGUUUUAAUAUCCCUUUUGAGUAUCAGGCUAUCGCUUCUAAAUGGGAAAAUAUUCAGGUCGAGGAUCUUCACAUUAAUAAAGAUGAGGUUGUGGUUGUCAAUUGCCUAUACCGCUUCAGAAAUCUGGUCGAUGAGACUGUGGUUGUAGACAGCCCUAGGAAUAGGGUCCUGAACAUGAUAAGGAGGAUGAACCCUGAUGUUUUUAUACAUGGAGUAGUGAAUGGGUCCUACAGUGCUCCUUUCUUCGUCACACGCUUCCGAGAAGCUCUGUUCCACUAUUCUGCUUUAUUCGACAUGCUCGAAACAAAUGUAGCACGCCACAAUGAACAGAGGCUGUUGAUUGAGAGGGAUCUCUUUGGCAGAGAUGCUCUUAAUGUUAUAGCAUGUGAAGGAUCAGAAAGGGUCGAAAGACCCGAGACUUAUAAGCAGUGGCAGGCUAGAAAUCUCAGGGCUGGGUUUGAACAGCUCCCACUCAACCCUGACAUUGUGAAGAAAGCGAAGCAUAAGGUGAAAACCAACUACCACAGGGAUUUUGUUAUCGGUGAAGAUAAUCGGUGGUUGAUUCAGGGGUGGAAGGGAAGAAUCAUUUAUGCAAUAUCGACAUGGAAGCCCAAUGAUGCCUAGUAUCAGAAUCUUAAGAUAUUCAUGAAGCUGUACAUGCAUUAAUCAGGAGAUUAAGUUAGUUUUGCACAUACAAGCAAUUCAACAUGAUUCAUCUCAACGAACAUAUGACCAGGUAAACAUCAUUCACUGCUUUUCUAUCGUGUACUUCAGCUGGAAAUUUUUGCACUCUGAUUGGUGAACAGAUUGUCUGACUUACAAAACCUAAUGAGCAACUUGGAGCUGCUGAUAACUGAGAGGGAGGACACAGUUGGAUUGUUUCUAGAUAACAGACAAAGGAUAUGCUAAUUAUGACCACCAGCGAUUUGCAAGCUGUUGUUUACAGAUGGUGGAUCUCUCAUUGUUUAAAUUAAGCAUUCAUGCCCAUGGUUGUAACAGAGGACACGCACUAAUAACUAAUCCCUGUAUUUAAUUAUUGAUCCUAGUGCACUUUGCUGGCUUUGCUUGUCGUUGAA